AUGUCGGCUGCAAUUGCAGCUCUGGCUGCGUCCUACGGUUCCGGUUCAGGGUCCGAAUCGGACUCGGACAGUGAGGGCGGACGGUGUUCCCUGCCAGCCGCCGACUCCCUCAUGCACUUGACGAAAUCAGCUUCGACCAAGCCCUCUGUGGCAGUGGCGGUGGACUCGGCUCCGGAGGUGGCAGUUAAGGAAGAUUUAGAGACUGGAGUUCACCUUGACCCUGCUGUCAAAGAGGUUCAGUAUAAUCCUACCUAUGAGACCAUGUUUGCUCCUGAGUUUGGACCAGAAAAUCCCUUUAGGACACAGCAAAUGGCUGCCCCUAGAAAUAUGCUUUCUGGAUAUGCUGAACCAGCUCAUAUCAAUGAUUUUAUGUUUGAACAACAAAGAAGAACUUUUGCCACAUACGGUUAUGCAUUAGACCCUUCGUUAGAUAAUCAUCAAGUGUCUGCUAAAUAUAUUGGUUCGGUAGAAGAAGCUGAAAAAAAUCAAGGUUUAACUGUGUUUGAAACUGGUCAGAAAAAGAUAGAAAAGAGGAAAAAGUUCAAAGAAAAUGAUGCAUCUAAUAUUGAUGGUUUCUUGGGACCGUGGGCAAAAUAUGUGGAUGAAAAAGAUGUAGCCAAACCCUCAGAAGAAGAACAAAAAGAAUUGGAUGAAAUCACAGCGAAGAGGCAGAAAAAAGGCAAACAGGAAGAAGAGAAGCCUGGGGAGGAGAAGACAAUCUUACAUGUUAAAGAAAUGUAUGACUACCAAGGUAGAUCCUAUCUUCACAUACCUCAGGAUGUUGGUGUUAAUCUUCGGUCCACUGUGCCACCUGAGAAGUGUUACCUUCCCAAAAAACAAAUUCAUGUGUGGUCUGGACAUACAAAGGGUGUCAGUGCCGUCAGAUUAUUUCCUCUCUCUGGCCAUUUAUUGCUGUCUUGUUCCAUGGACUGUAAAAUUAAGCUAUGGGAGGUUUACGGAGACAGACGCUGUCUGCGAACAUUUAUUGGCCACAGCAAAGCCGUUAGGGACAUCUGCUUUAAUACUGCAGGAACGCAGUUCCUCAGUGCAGCUUAUGACAGGUACCUUAAGCUCUGGGACACUGAGACAGGACAGUGUAUAUCAAGAUUUACAAACCGAAAAGUGCCCUAUUGUGUCAAAUUUAAUCCCGAUGAAGAUAAGCAAAAUCUCUUUGUAGCUGGUAUGUCUGAUAAAAAGAUUGUGCAGUGGGACAUUCGAAGUGGAGAAAUUGUGCAGGAGUAUGACCGGCAUUUGGGAGCUGUCAACACCAUUGUUUUUGUUGAUGAGAAUAGGAGAUUUGUGAGCACAUCUGAUGAUAAGAGCCUAAGAGUUUGGGAAUGGGAUAUCCCUGUGGAUUUCAAGUAUAUAGCAGAGCCCAGUAUGCACUCCAUGCCUGCGGUGACUUUGUCUCCAAAUGGGAAAUGGCUAGCAUGCCAAUCAAUGGACAACCAAAUCUUAAUUUUUGGAGCACAGAACAGAUUUAGAUUGAAUAAGAAAAAAAUUUUUAAGGGCCAUAUGGUAGCGGGUUAUGCUUGUCAGGUGGACUUUUCACCAGACAUGAGCUAUGUGAUUUCAGGAGAUGGAAAUGGAAAAUUGAACAUCUGGGACUGGAAGACCACCAAACUCUACAGUCGAUUUAAAGCUCACGAUAAAGUGUGUAUAGGUGCAGUGUGGCAUCCACAUGAAACAUCUAAAGUCAUAACAUGUGGUUGGGAUGGGCUCAUUAAGUUGUGGGAUUAACGAGAUUAGUCCUUAGCUAGGGUCGUUUUUGGUCCAAGUUCAUAUUUAACUAUAUUUAAUUAUUAAAUGUGUUGGAUGACAACUUGAUUUACAGAUUAUGAUUGCCUUACAUGGCCUUAUGAAGU